AGAAACCAUCCACAUCCUUCCUCUCUUACAGAUCCCAAAAUACUCACCAAGUGGAGCCCUUACUUUUUCCCAGAAAAAAGAUAAAAAAAUUCCCACAACAAAACAAACAACGACUCGAAAUAUCUAACAUCCCAUCUCUUCUCUUCUCAAAAUCGAUCUCUCACCGCUCACCAAACCACCACCAAUUCCUCCGGGCCCAAUCUUUCACAUCAAUCAAAGAUUCUAAAAGUGAAGAGACUAUGGGAAGCAAAGCACCAAGUUGGUCCGAUCAAUGGGGCACCGGGGGGAAUUUUGGUGUUGAAGACAACGAUGACAAGGCAAAAGCCACCAAGAAAGGGAGUGGUGGCAGCAGCAAGACAAUGGCAGAUGUGAAAGCAGCGGCUUCAGCCGGAUUAGGCAAGGCCAAGACUGUUGCUGUGGUGGGUGCCGACAAGGCCAAGGCUGCGGCUGUGGUGGGUGCUGACAAAGCCAAGGUUGCGGCAGUCUUUGGCGCCCAGAAGGUGAAGAGUGGAACCUCUAUUGGCAUCAAAUGGAUCAAAACUCAGUACCAGAAGAGAACCUCUAAGUAGGUUAACCGUUAACCUUGAGAAUUGCCAGCAAUGGCUACUAGUCAAAACUAACGAGUGAAAGUUAAGAUUUUUUGGGAUACAGUACAUAUUCUUUCUGCGAAAUGUGUUUGAUAGAAUCUCUUUUCUAGUUCUAUAUAGUUACUCUAUUCGUUUA